AUGACCGACGAAGUAGACCUCCCCACUUUGCCUCACUCGCUCACAGAGUCCGUAGAAUUAUUAGAUCGUUUCUCUUUCAAUCCUCGUCUCCCAUCUUUUUUCGAACUUCCCGACUACAAAGAAUUUCUUGAACAUGAUUUCCCCGCGCCAUCUAUCUCUUCUAUAACAUCGAAGGCCAACCAGGCUCAAUUCCCAGCUUUCUUUUAUCCUUCUGCUCUGGUCGAAUUCGCUUACUCUGAUUCUCUUGAGGUCGAAGAAAUAACCCGCGAAUCUGGUUUAUCACUUUACUUCUCAGCAGAGACUCUUCGUACCAUAUUCCGUCCAUUUUCACCCGAUCAAACGAAAGGCGAUAGCUUUCCUCUUACAGAAGCUCAGACUCAGGAAAUCUUCGACGCCGCUGAGCCUUAUUUGCAAUAUAUCGCUCGAGCCUGGCUGAGGAAGGUCAACUGUCCUUUGUUUGUAUUGGAUAUCUUGGCGUACGCCGAGCAACAAGCUCGAGAAAGCCUGCUUGCUAUGUUAUCUUAUGAUGAUGCUAUGCUGGGAACGGUGUUUCCUCAAGUACCGAUUCCCUUUUCUAUACGAUCGCGCGAAGGAGACGCGAUUUUUCGUAUUCGUAAAGGGGACCCGGAUAUUGAUCCAUUCCUUCCUCUUCGUAGUCAUCGAGAGGUUGGAAAGGAUCAGCCACGAUUGACCUCGCAUGAUUCAGUCCGAGAUAACUCUGCGUCCAGUUCUGUCACUCUUCCUAUAACUAAGGCAAAGAAGGAGUCAAAAUCUGUGUUGUUUACUCAAUCAACAAGCAGUCCCAACAUAUCCAUAUCUCCUAUGCCAGCUAAAGCCGAGGCCCUGAAACUUUCAUCGUCUACUGUUUCCUCAACUCGCGGUAGUCGCAACCAGCCUGCGCGCAAGGCCAAAAAUAAUCAUUCUGUUUUACAUGCCCGUAGCGUUGAUCCCCCAGAUGACGGCGUGGUACAUCGUUCUGUAGCAAGCCAGGUUGUCAAGUCAGGUUUCAAACGUCGCAAGGUAUCAGUGGAUGACUGGACACCUUCGAGCAUGAAUAGAGUCGAGGAUAUAGUUCGAGAGCAAUCUUCUAAAAUCGAGCCUAGUAUAGCCUUAGGAGCUCGACUGUCUCAUGUAUCUCCGGGGCGCGGUAGCCGUGGCCGACCUGCUGGUGGUGCAAAAAAAAAAGAUCAAACUUCGAGUUCCACCCAUAUCGAUUAUAAACGUGGUCAAUCUGUCAAGAUGGAACAUGAUAACAUAGCAGAUGAUGUGAAGAAUGGGACGAAGAAACACAAGAAUAAGGUGAUCUCAAAUAGAACAGCUGAACUCGAAGGUUCUCGGGUCAGUGAUGAGUAUAUACCUACUGCUCGACCUCUUCUCCUUGUCGAUCCCAAAGGCCAUCUUGUCCUUCCCGAUCUCACUGGGCCUGAGAUGGAAGAGCUUGAUGGUAUUGACCAUAAUGGGGAACCCUUCCGCCGUAAUUCUCUGCUGUUCGAGCUUGACGAGACUUUGCUCAAUCUGGGAACCAAGUUGACUGCGCAGAACACCCAUUUCAAUUUUGCGGAUCUUGUCACUGUCAGUCGAACCAUCCGGUUGCCAACCAUCCACGAUCAAGCUUGCAUUUCGCUGUUAUCUGCAGAAGAUUCAGACACCACCGACAUUGAAUUACCGUUGGACUCGAAAUGUCAACGCUGCCAGCAAGGUUCUAAACUUUGUCUACUGGCAAAUCAACUUUCGACGGUCAUUCCCGCUAUGAACAACAUAUUUGCUGUUUCUGGAAAUCACUCAGACAGUUUAGGGUUAAUGCUUCAACGACUAGAUGACCUUUUAAGGCACAUGGAACUCAUCGAAUCCAGCUAUGCUCAAACAAGAACUAUUUUUCUGCAGACCAUGGAAAACCUUCAAACUGCAGGUGCUGAUCCUAUCACGGUCCUUGAAGCGCUUCGUCUUGGAGAACCAGAACGUCGCUCAAUUUCAGUCGAAGAAAUGACAAUGUUGGCAACAUUGUUCAACUGGUCUAGUCUAUUGAAUUUUCGAAAGUUAGACACUGCGGUUGGCCGUAGUACUGCCGAGUGGCUCCAACUUCUCCGAAAACUUCAUUCUGGGGAAACUACUCUGGAUAACGAAGGCAAUGAGAUCUCUUCGGAUGUAGUAUCUUCUUCCAUCACCCCGAAAUCCAAACUUAGUGAAUGA